AUGAAUGAACUUUUGGAUAGAGAGGUCACUAAUGAAGAGGUUCGAGAGGCUGUAUUCUCAAUCAAGCCAAGCAGUGCUCCCGGACCUGAUGGGAUGACGGGAUUAUUCUUUCAAAAGUAUUGGGGUACGAUCGGAGAGCAGGUCACUAAAGAGGUAAAGGAGUUUUUUACCUCUAAUCAAUUCCCACGAGAAUGGAAUUACACCCAUUUAUGUCUACUCCCGAAGAUAGAAGAUCCGGUGAUCAUGGCAGACCUAAGACCCAUCAGCUUGUGUUCGGUAUUAUAUAAAAUCAUCUCGAAGAUCAUCGUGAGCAGGAUGAAGCCUCUAAUGGAAGAUAUAGUUUCUCCUACUCAGUCGGCUUUUGUGGAGGAGAGAUUAAUCUCAGACAAUAUUCUUAUUGCCCACGAGAUCAUCCAUGCCUUGAGAACAAAUGAGAGAGUAUCCAAGGAUUUCAUGGCAAUAAAAUCCGACAUGUCCAAGGCCUAUGACCGAGUGGAGUGGAACUACCUGCGUGCUUUGCUGAAAGCGUUGGGUUUUGAAGAUGCUUGGAGUGAAAAGAUUUUGUUCUGUGUUUCAACGGUUAAAUACUCAACGCUCAUCAAUGACCAGCCUUUUGGAUGCAUUCAGCCAGAGAGAGGAAUAAGACAGGGAGAUCCACUUUCUCCAUUUCUGUUUGUAAUGUGUACUGAGGGUCUGAUACACUUGCUAGAGAAAGCGGUUCAGGAAGGAAAAAUUCAAGGAAUUCAAUUCACCUUAGAAGGGCCAAUGAUACAUCAUAUGUUAUUUGCUGAUGAUAGUCUGCUGAUAUGUAGAGCUUCUGCUGAGCAAGCGACUGAAUUGGUGAAGAUACUCAAAAUCUAUGAGCGGGCUACGGGACAGAAGCUGAAUUUAGAGAACUCGGCCAUCACUUUUGGAUCCAAGGUCACAGAAACCGUGAAAGCCUCAAUCCAAACGAUCACAGAGAUUGCCAAAGAAGGAGGAACAGGAUCGUAUCUAGGCCUUCCUGAAUGUUUCAGUGGCUCUAAAACAGAAAUGUUGGCUUACAUAUACGAUAGGCUCAAGUCGAGGCUGUCUGGCUGGUUUGUUAAGCAAUUGUCCCUUGGUGGAAAAGAGGUUCUGAUCAAAGCAGUAGCUAUGGCGAUGCCGGUGUAUGCUAUGUCGUGUUUCAAACUGACAAAGAGAUCUUGUGAGAACCUGACCAAGGCCAUGGCGGACUUCUGGUGGAACUCUUUAGAGCACAAACGGAAAAUGCACUGGCUCAGUUGGUCUACGUUGUGUCUGGCAAAAGAACAGGGAGGUUUGGGAUUCAAAGAUUUACAAAGUUUCAAUCAAGCUCUUUUGGCCAAGCAAGCGUGGCGAAUCCUCAAUCACCCUGAAUCCCUCUUCGCAAGAUUCUUCAAGAGCAGGUAUUUCAAAAAUUCAGACUUCUUAAAUGCAAAAAAUGGAUCGAGACCUUCGUAUGGAUGGAGAAGCAUACAAUUUGGAAAGGAGCUGUUAUUUCAAGGUUUGAGGAAACACUUGGGUAAUGGAACGACUGUCUCAGUGUGGGUCGAUGAUUGGAUAGAGGGAGAUGUUAGAAGGAGACCGCUGAUGAAAAAUAUCUUCGUCGAUUUGAUGCUGACAGUAGAUAAACUGAUUGACCCUCAAAAUAAUUGUUGGAAGCUGGAUAAGCUGCAAGAGUUGUUUUAUGAAGAAGAUAUCAAAAGAAUUUUGGCGAUGCAAACUGCUUUUGAUCAACAAGAUUAUUGGGUCUGGUUACACAACAGGAAUGGUAGCUAUUCAGUGAAGUCGGGAUAUUGGUUCAUCAAUAGGUUCAACAGAGAAGAAGAAAUCAAAGUAGCAGAGAUGAGACCUUCUUUGAACGAUUUGAAGACUGAAGUUUGGAAAAUUCCCACGGUCCCAAAGAUUAAGAACUUCAUUUGGAGAGCAAUCAGUAAUGCAAUUCCUGUUGGUGAACUUUUGGUCAAAAGAGGUAUCAAAAUGGAUCCGGUGUGUCAAGCCUGUGGCUAUCAGGGUGAGUCUAUAAAUCACAUCAUUUUUGGAUGCUCCAUAGCAAGACAGGUUUGGGCAUUGGCCAAUGUUCCUACUCCGCAAUUUGGUUUCGAUGCCGUUUCACACUUCUCCAAUUUUCACAGUUUGUUUCUGAUGAUGAAAAACAGAGAAAUUGAUGAGAGAUUUAGAAAUGCUAUUCCUUGGAUAGUUUGGUACUUGUGGAAAUACAGAAACAGGGUCAUUUUUGAAGGGAAGAAGUACUAUCCAAUUGAGCUGGUGGAGAAGAUUAUGGAGGAGUCACAUUUAUGGGUUUUGGCUCGAAGUAAUGAGAAUAGAAGGAAGGCGGAAGAACAGGAGGCAGAGAUGGAAGUUGCGAAAUCUUGGUCCGUUCCUCACCGUGAUUGGCUAAAAUGCAACAUCGGAAUAGCGUGGGACAAGAAGCAAUCUGGUAGUGGAGCUUCGUGGGUGGUAAGGGAUGAUCACGGGAAGGUCCAAAUACACAGUAGGAGAGCGUUCUCGAACACUGAUUCCCUUCAUGAAGCGAAGUUCAAAGGUCUACUGUGGGCUCUGGAAAGCUGUCAUGCGCAUCAUCUAAAGAGAGUCAUCAUUGCUUUUGAUGAUACAACUUUGAUCAAUGUGAUACUAAGACCACAGGCAUGGCCAAACUUCAGAAAGCAGUACGUGCAGAUAGUUGAAAGGUUGAAGAAACUGGAAUGGUGGAGGGUGAUGAAGGAAGAUAGAUCAACUAACACAGGCGCUUUCCUCAUAGCUCAGAGUGUGAUUAAGGGAGGCUAUUAUCAGUCGUAUGUUGCAGAGGGGCCACCCUUUUGGUUACGUGAUCUGUUUGAGAGUGAGGAAGCUCCCCUCUGUGUGUAG